AACUGCCCUUCCGCCUCCUUGGGCGAGGCACCAUGGACUUGGUGGUCGUGCAGGAGCUGAACCGCGCUGAGAACCUGCAGGAUGUGUCUGCGCUGCAGCGGGCCUACAACCUGCUCAAGUCGUCCAACAUGGGCAAGUCGGAGCUGGAUCCCACGGAGAGCUUCAGCCCUGAACUGCUGGUCCUGUGUGCCGAACAGGCCCUAAAGAUGGGGCAGCCUGAGCUGAGCCAGGACUGUAUCCGGAUGUACUUCAAGGUCAAGGGCCCCGUCACCCAGUUCCUGGGCCGAGCCCACCUGUGCUGGGCCCAGCUGAGCGCCCCCAAGGACACAGAGGACCUGGAGGAGUUUGAGAACUGUGUUAUGGAGUACAUGAAGGUUAUCAGCUUUGCCAAAGCCGAGCCCAGGUACCACUUCCUGGUGUACAACGCCUCAGUCCUCUACUGGCAGAUGGUCAGGCCCUUCCUCAAGCCUGGCUACCACCACCACCUUAUCCCCAGCCUCUCCCAAAUCGUCAGCGUGUUGAACCAGACAGAGGAGGAGGACACAGAGUGGCGUGCAGAGCUCAUGCUGGGACUUCUAGAGUGUUACCUACAGGCUGGAAAGAUGGAGGAGGCCUCCAAAUUUUGCUCCAUGACAGCAGCUCCUUUCAUAAAAGUUCAUGUGCCACAGAAAUAUCGACAAAUAUUUGCUCUUAUGGUGCAGCAUGAGCUAAUGGGGGAGCAGCAGUUAAAGGAGGAGACUGAAGCCUCCAUCAGCCUCUUGGUCACUUUCCACCUUAAUCAUAUCAAAGCAAAGUUGGAUAGAAAUGAAACACCUGAAGACGUCACUGAAAUUCUGGAAAAGAUCCAUGAGCAGUUGGGCCUGUAUGAUCAUGAGAACUUUCCUUCAGGCAGAGAAGAGAAGAUGCUUUUGCUCUUUGAAUUGGCUCAUCUUGCUCUGGCCUUGAAGUGCACAGAGCUCUGCUCCAGGUGCUUGUCAGACCUCAAGAAGAUGUCCUACGCUGACCCCGGGAAACUCCUUGAGAUCGAGUGCCUGGAGUGUGAGCUGGAGGCACUGAACCAGGAGGGCAAGAUGAACGCCUACAUCCGCUCGGCUGUGGAGACCCAGCUGAGCAUUAUCCAGCGGCUAGAUGUGGCCCUACAGCGGGCCGUGCGCCUGGGGGACCCACGGGUCAUCCAUGUGGUGUGCACCACCCAGUGGAACCAGUGCCUGCCUCUCCUGCAGCGCAGUUUGCGUUCCCAUCUGCGCAAGCCGCUCAGCAAUGUCGCAGACAUCAUGGAUAGGAUGGACAGCCUCAUGGUGCAGCUGCGCUGCCAAGUACACAUGGAGCUGGCACAGCUGGAGGAGGACGAGGACUGCCUGGAGUCCGCCAUGGAGCACCUACAUUGUGCGCUGCAGCUAGACAGCCAUGGACUGUACCGAAAAAAUCUGCUCCUGGCCCUCAGCCAGCUGCGCCUCUACACCUCACCUGGCCAGGCCCCUGAGCGGGCUGAGGACAAGGCCACACUGGCCAUUGAGCAGGCCAAGAAGGCCACCCCCAAGGACAGUGUCCGCAAGAAGAGGGCACUCCUAGUGAAUGCCGGCCUGGCCCUCGCUCCGGACACCUUCCAGAUUGUGUUGGACAGCGAGAAUGAGGCCAAAGUCUCCACUGGGAGGAACCGUGGACGCUUCACCUUCCUCUUCGCCAAGGCGCGGCACCAUACCAGCUCUGUGGAAAAGGCCGCGGGGCAUCUGCGACGCCUGGGGAACAAGAAUAGUGAGGAGAGAAUCUGGAUCUGGACGGAGCUGGUGAAGGUGGCCCGGAAGCAGGGCGUGUGGGAUGUGUGCCGGACGGCAUGUCGCUUCUGCCUACUCUACGACAGUAUCAAGGCCAAGAAGCUGCUACGGGCCGCCCGGAAAAGGGGAAGGAAGCGGCGAGGGGUGGACGAGCUGGUGUCCGAGGGGCAGGCACAAUCCGACCUGGGUUUGCUGCCCACAGACCUGAAGCGCAAGUUUGCGGAGGUGGGAUUCAUCCAGGGUGAGGCCACUGUCCACCUGCUUCAGUCUGAGGGCGUGAACCUGAACGACACCCCCAACCCCCCUGAGGAUCUGAGCCAGCAUGCGGCUGGCUACGUUGUGGAGUCCCCAGAGGACAGUGAAGAGUGGCUCCUGUACAGGACCUGGAUCACCGGCCUGUCCCAGCUGGCCAUGAACAGCUGGCUGCGGGCAGCCGACAUUGGCCGCGAGCUUCAGGAGACGUGGAUUGUGCAGAACGCCAUAGCCUACGUGCUGAACCACAAUCACCACAUCAUCAUGGCUGGGCGACAGCGGGAGCUGGUGGGUGCCUUGAAUCAGCUCCUUGGCAUCGUUAAGUCCAUGGGCCACUGCGGGGACCCUGUAAUCCUGGCUUCCCUGUGCAAUCACCUGGCGCGAGGCCUGAUCCUCCCCUGGAUCCCGAGCCAUGCCCCGGAAAGGUCCAGAAAGACUGUGCGCUCGAACCUGCAGCAUGUGCCCCUGGACGCAGCUGCCACCACAGAGAUUGGGACUGCCGUGGAGAUCUGUGAGCUGGCCCUGAACCUGCCUGGUGGAGCAGGGCCUGAGGAGCCAGUGCCCAUGCAGGUGCGCCAGCAGCUCAUCGCCACCUGGGUGAAGGCAAAGCAGCUGCUCCAGCAGCAGAUUGGUCCGCGGCUGGGUCCGGAGGAGCAGGCUGCUAGUGAGAAGGUGGGUGCUGUGAGCAAGGUCCUCGUGGCUCUGGAGAUGAUCUCAUGCAGUGGGCUGGGCCUUAUGGACUUCAACGUGCCCCCACUAGCCCAGGUGGUGGCCAUGGCCUCUGAGUGCAGCUGGGCGGACCCUGUGGUGGAGCUGCAGGCCCACAUGAGGCUGACACACUUCGCGUAUGCAGCCCGCAACCAUGAACUCACUAUGGCAUGCUCCCAGAAGGCCAUCCAGAUGGGCAUCCGGCAGCUGAGAGCCACCAACCCGGCUGAGGUCCCGCUGCUGGCAGAGAUGCUGAGCAGUACCUGCUGUGUGCAGGGCCGCAGUGUCUUGGAGAACCUGAAGGGCCAGAGGAGGCUGCGGCAUGUGGCAGCCAGGUCCUUCCUGGAGAGUGUGAGGUUCGGGGGCAUCGCAGAGAGCAGCUCCCUGGUGCUGCAUGGUGCCCGGCAUUUCUGGAACUCGUGGCUUCCCCUACUGAACUCUGCAGCCAGCAGGAAGAUGUGCCGGAGCGGCCUGCAAAGGGUCAUUAACAUCAUCAACAGGACGGAAGCCAAGAAGCCGAAAAAACAAAAGAUAUUGCUCCUCCACCAGUGGCCAACAGUGGACUUCCAAAGUGGAGGGACCAGUGAAGGCUACUUCCUCCCAGGCGCGGAAGACGACCUGACACUGCGUGCUGCACUCUACGGCCUCCUGUUUCACGUGUAUGCUGACAACGAGGACUGGGAGGGUGGCCUCAAGGUGCUGGGCGAGGCUGCACAAGUUCUUCCAAGGACUCCACAUCGUCUCUUGAUUUUCAAGCACAUGAUCAUUGUGAAAGCCAGGCUGGGCCAGACGUUCCUGAUGGAGAUCCAGAAGUUCAAGGAUGAGAGUGAAGACUACGUGGCACACAUGUGGUACCGUUUGGCUUUGAACUCCAAGACUGUGCACGGCCAGAUGACAUGCUAUCAGAACGCCAUCCAGGCCUUGCAGCGGCCAGAGGGCAUGUGGCAGAAGGUGGACUACAUCCUGGAGUUCAGCAAGUGGCUGUACCAGAGACAGUUUGCCCUGGAGGAUGUGGUCUUUCUCCUCAAGUGGUCCAUCAGCAUCCUUCUGAGCUUGGGGGAUGCCGGAGACACUGCUGCAGAGGCGCCCGAGCUGGCAGAGGAGCCCCUCGAGAAACCUGAUGGUGAGAAGCAGGACCUGAGCCCCUGGGAGCGGCUGAAUGAUGUGCGGCAGCUGGAGAUGCUGGCAAGAGCCCACACACUGCUGGCGCUGGUGGGCACUGCUUGCUCAUUCCACCACCGCAACCGCUGUCUCCUGGCCUGUGCCCUUUACCAGCGCAUCUGGAAGGUUUCUUUGCAAACUGCAGGAAAAUCCAUUUCAGAGCACAAGAUUUUAGUUGGGAGUUCUCAUUCAUUACUGCUCAAGAAAGAGAAGGAAAAGAGGAAGGAGAAGGAGAGAGGGAAGGACGAGAAGACCAAGGAGCAGAUCAAGGAACAGAAGCAGAGCCAAGUUCAUGUUCCUGCUUUUCAGUCUCAAACCUUCACCCCAGCCAAGCACUUGGAAGAGUUACCGGCCAGCAUUGCUGAUUGGGCUUCCUACUUCUGCCCCGAGGAGGUGGUGUCUGCUUUCCAGAGGGAAAAGACCAGCCUCACUAUUAAUGCCCUCAGCAUCCCAAAGCCCACGUACACACUGUACUACCUGGACCAGCUGGUGAAGACACUGCAAAAACUGUCUCUGCACGAGCUCACGGUGCCACUUCUGCAACUUGGAGUGAUAAUUGCCGAUUCGGUGUUAGAGAACCGCAGCGUCUGCGACCUCUACCACCUCCGGCUUGCCCUGGUGUGCACAGAGUUGGGGCUGAAGGACGCUGCUGCCCAGCAUGAGGACACGGUCGGCCAGGUCUACAUCACCGAGGUGGAGCAGGCCAGCUGUCGGAAGGAGAUGGCACUGCGAAGGGAGAGGAGCAGGGACACUGUUCCCGACAGUGGCAGCCUCCAGCCCCUGCACACGCCCAUCAGCCAGCACCAGCUGCCCAAGAACCUCGCAGCCAAGUACAAGCCUCUGGUAGCCAAGGACAAGAUACUAAGGAUGAGGGAGGAGAACAGGAAGGCCCUGGAUGGUACCUCCUUUCCGCACCUGUGGACCCUCAAAGCAGAGGUUCUGCUGGAGAUGGAACUGUACCAGCCCGCGAGGCUGCUCCUGUCGGAGGCUUACCUGGCCUUCCAGGAGCUGGGAGACCCUUUGGCACAGGCACAGUGCCUGUGUCUGCUGGCACAGCUGGCCAACAAGGAGCGAGAUUUCAGGGGCGCCAGGCAGAUGGUGGAGGAGGCACAGCAGCUGGGAGGUGGCGAGGAGUUCUGGUUCCACUCCACUUUGACCCUGGCCGACGCCCUCCUGUCCAUGGACCCAAGACAGCAGGAUGCAGAGGUCCUCCAGCUCCUGCAGAGCCUCAAUAACACCUUCACUGAGCUCAAGAAAGAGCGGCCCAACCGCGCUCCAGCCUUGGAGCUGAUGAUCACAGAACUCGAGUCCCGGUGUCUGAGCCUGCGUGUCCAGAGCACCCAGAAGCAGGCGGGCCAGCGGUCGGAGCUGUGUAUGGCUGUACUGUGUCAGCUAGAUGACCUGCUGGUGGACCUUGGGAAGAGGCUGGUCGGCUGCGGCUGCAGCGAGAAGUGUGUGGACAUUAUGAUGGAGCGUGUGAAGGUCAAGAGGCUGUGUGCCCAGCAGGAGAAGGAGGUGGAGGCGAGAACUGCCUUUUACCUCGAGGCCCACAGCUUGGCUUGCGAGGCCAUUGCCAGGGAGGAGGUGCGGUACCACGGCAUCCGCUUCCUGCUGGCCCACCAUGAGGUAAGCCUGAACUUCGCAGUACUCUGGGAAGGAUGCGGGCAAGAGGAGAGGGAAGGACAAGCAAGAAGGGCUGGACCCUCUUCCAUGAGUGGGGUGGGUGCUGAGGACCCUGCUCUGCAGACUCCCAGCAAUCCUGUGAUGCGGAACCUGGUGCACCUCAAACUGGGCUUCGUGGAGCUGAGCCUGGACCUGCUACAGCUGCUGUGGCAGGAGGCUCGGGCAUGGCAGUUGGAGCAGAGUUCCAUGGGCAAGGUGCUGGCCGAGUACCUGCGCAGCAUUCAGGAGCCCAGCGCCUGCCGUGUGAAGUGGCUGGCACUGGGACGAACCCUGGCACAUGCCAUGCUGGCCCAGCUGGGGAGCCUGCAGCCACUGGUUGCCCACUGCCCGCCGCUGCGUGCUCGCUUCCUGGGCCUGGCAGGGAAGGCGCUGCGCCUGCUGGCUGAGCAAGCUGCACCCCUGCACCCUGCCUUCCGCUGGGGGGAUGGACUCUCGGGUGCCGAACCCAGCAUCCUGCAGGGCCUGAGAAGGGACUGGGAGGCCAUGGCUGGAGAGGUGCCCUUGGAACUAUUCAGCCAGAAGAGCCGGGAACUGAAGGGCAGGCUGGUGCGGGCACAGCGGUACCUGGCGCAGGCAUCUGAGGUACUGCACCAGAGCCUACACGGAGCCCUGAGGCAGCGGCUGCUGGAUGUGGCAGCUGUAGCCAGCCUGGAAGUGGUGGAAUGUGUGGGUACCCUGGACCCCCCCACGGCCUGCCAGUUCCUGGCUCUGUCUCAGAGCUGCACAGCCUCGGGCACCCUGCUGGACGUCCUGCUGAAAGCCACGGCCAACACUGGCAGCUCGCAGCUGGCUGCACUGCUGCACCUGGAGCAGAGGCUGCGGCGUCUGGGCCGCACGGCUACCCGGCUCUUUGCCAGUGUGCAGCGGCGGCUGGACGCCUCCUUCAAGGCAUGGCAGAGCCUAGGUGUCACAGAACAGCACUUGGGCCUCCUCAGUGACUUCUCCCCCGCCUACCGCCUCAUCCUGCUGCACCAUGCCCCCGACGGGGCCCACCUGUACGGAGCCACCUUCGAGCGGGGUCAGCUGGUAUCCACAGUUCGAGGAAAGCAGGUGCAUAUGGGAGCUGUCUGCAAGGUGGUCCGAGGGGCUGUGAGCCCCGAAGCCUUCUCUGAGCUGCUGGCCAGAGCACGACAGUUCCAGGAACAGGCCCAGGGGGAGGUGCCGAGACCUCUGAGGGCCGAGAGACAGAACCGUGGCCCACAGCUCCAGGCUGUGUUGGAGCUCCUGGAACAGUACCUGGCGCCUGUGCGGCACCUGCUGGACUGGACCCAUGCCAGGACACAGAACUCUGUGGGAGCACUGGAUGUGAGGAAGGCCAAGAGCGGAGACAGGGAACGGAGACAGUCCGUCUUUCCAGUCCAGCCCGAGUCCGCGGACAGUGUCAUCAUCAUCGCCGACCAGCCGCUACUGGAGCUGCCCCUGGAGGGACUCUCCGGGCUGGCUGAGGCACCCGUCAGCUCCGUGUCCCGGGACUUCUCCCUGCAGAUACUGAGUUUGCGCCUGCGCAAGGACGAACCUGGUGGGACAGGACCAGGACCCUGCCCCGCCCUAGUGGGACCCAGCCCCCCCCCCAGGACCUCACUGCACCUCGAUCCUGGGAUCCCACUCCACUCUCUGGCUGCUGAGCCAUCCCCGAGAUGCAGAGAGAGCACAUGGCCCCUGUGCCACUCAGAGACUGCAGAGGUGACCCGGCCUUGUUCCACAGACAGCAGCGUGAGGAUGGAGUCCAGAAGCCGGGACGCUAAGAAGCCGAUGCCUCCCAAGAAAGGCAGGAAGAUGAAUGUGCGUCCUCUGCCCCCCGACUGUGUUGUCGUGGACACCACCAACAUCAAGUACAUCGUGGAAUUCGAUGGAGAGAACAAGGACUUGGACCUUCUGAGCCCUGUUUGUGUUGUACAAGAGAUACUGGACAGAUUCCAGGAUUCCCUUACAGCUUACUGGUCUGGUCACCUGGGCAGAGCCUCUUUCCCUAGCCAGGCCGAGUGGGAACACAUCCUGGGCACUUGCAGCGGCUUCUUCUUCUAUGGGAGGGAGCACCUUUUGGCCCAGCUGCGGCCUGAGAAGCUGGCAGCCAUGAACCUUGAAGACUGUCGGCUGAUGGUGCUCCUGGACCUCAGCAUCUCCCGCCAGAGGACACACGGACGCAGGACCCUUAGAGACAGGCGCAGGUGCUGCCCCAUCCACCCGCCCUGGGAAUGGGUGGUGGCGGCCUUGGGGUGGUGA